GUAACUUUGGCGAGGUUUCACAAAAGUCUUGUACAAAUAUUUAAUGUAUUCUUAACAAAGGGUGAAUCUGUGUCAUAAGUUAGGCUAUUUGUAAACACAUACAAUAAUACAUAAAAAUACUAUUCUGAUUUCAAAUUGCCCCUUGUUUUUUAUAUAGUACACCCCUUCUGACCAGAGCCGCUUGGACUGUGUUCAGAAGUAGUGCAUUAAUAUCAGUAGUUGUGCUAUAUCGGUGUAAGCCACAUUUAAUAGCCUGAGGGAGUGCAUCCGGUUGGCGGGGGCGGGGUUUUAAACCUUUCCAUAUUUAGAGGAUGGCAUUGACUUUUUUCAAACUGUGAAGAUGUACUGAAAGUCCCAGGAGUGCUCAUCUUUAACAAACCAUCUAUUUGGACACAAUUGCCCUUCGACGGAUUGCGCAUUUAGCAUACUUUUUAAGCAAAGUCAAUAGGGACAUGAAUUGAUAUAGGGACAUGGCAAAUAGAUACAUUUAAUGAUAAACCUCUUACCGAUCUUGUUUAGUUUAUUCAUCGCUUGACGAUAACCUUAACAUACAUAUUGAAAAGAAAUGUAUGUAAGAGAGCGCAUGGCUCAUUCAAGCCUUCACUCUUUAAAAACGCACGGGGAUCGCUUUUCUCUCACGGUUUACUCAAGAAGUUGCGGUAUACCUGACUGGCUCAGUUCGUUCUUGAAUUGUCAUCAAGGACUUAACAUGUUACAGUGGACUUUAAUUUUCGUGAUUCCUGUUUGUGCAUCUCCUUUACUUUUGUCUGCUUCUCCCAGCGGCGAUCCCCCAGUGGUGAAAAGCCCAAGCCUCUGCGCUGGUCGAGCCUGUAAUCCUCGCAUGGGAAACCUAGCCCAGGGCAGAGUGAUACUUACUCAGACAGUGUGUGGAUCCAACUCCACCGAGUCCUACUGCUCAUAUCACCACACUUCCAGUUCCACCCCCUACCACAAGGAGGCAGCUUGCGGGUCGCCCGAAUGCGGGACGUGUGACGCUGCUCUCCCACUCCAGGCCCACCUGGCGUCGGCCAUGGCCGACGACUCUUUCCGAAAUCCAGAUACCUGGUGGCAGUCGGCUGAGGGGGUGGAGACAGAGACUGUCCAGCUGGACUGGGAAACUUCAUUCUACUUCACCCAUCUGAUCAUGGUGUUCCGCUCCCCCCGACCCGCAGCCAUGCAGCUGGAACGCUCCCAGGACAACGGCAAGACGUGGAAUACGCUCAGGUACUUUGCCAGGGACUGUGAGGGUACCUUUGGCCUGGCAGAUGAGGCUUCUCCACGAGAGGGAGGAGGGGGCGGGGCAGGCUGCACUUCUCAGUACUCAGCGGCUUUGCCUUGCACCCGAGGAGAGGUGAUCUACCGUGCCCUGACGCCAUGGCACACCCUGGACCCCUACAGCCAGUCUGCUCAUGCCCAGCUGAUGGUCACCAACCUGCGGGUUCGUCUGCUGCAGCGCCAGCCGUGCCCGUGCCAGGCUAAUGACCCCGGCGGGCAGGGCCUGCCCACGGCCCACUAUGCCAUCUACGACUUCAUUGUCAAGGGCAGCUGCCUGUGUAACGGUCAUGCCGAGCACUGUGUGCCAUCCGGCGGGUACCGACCCGUCAAACAGAGGACAAAUCACGUGGUCCAUGGUAGGUGUGUGUGUCGGCACAACACGGCCGGCCACCACUGCGAGCGCUGCGCUCCCCUCUACAACGACCGUCCCUGGCAGGCGGCCAGUGGCAUAACGGGAGCGCCGCAUGAAUGCAAGAAGUGCGUGUGUCACGGGCACGCGCACAGCUGCCACUUUGACCGCGGCGCGUGGUGGUCGUCGGGGCGGCGCAGCGGGGGCGUGUGCGACUCCUGCCUCCAUAACACAGAGGGGAGACGCUGCCAGAGCUGCAGGAGGGGGUUCUACAGAUACCCCGGGAGAAGAGGUUCUGCGCCCGACUCCUGCACGCCCUGCCUCUGCCACCCUCUAGGCUCCCUCACAUCUCUCUCAGGUGGCUACGCCCCUUGCAACCCUAGCAACGGGGAUUGCACCUGUAAGCCGGGCGUGGCCGGUCCUCUUUGUGACAAAUGCAUGGUAGGGUUCUGGGGGCUCCAUGGUUACGGGUGCAGACCAUGUGACUGCGGAGGCGGGAACUGUGAUCCAUACACUGGGGACUGCCUGUCGGGAUCAGAUCUGGCCGUGUCCUCUGCGGGGUCCAGGGAGCCGGCGGGGCUGUUCGGGGUCCAGGGGCUCUUCUCCGCACUGCACCAUUCCGAGAAGUGUGAGUGUAAGGAGAUGUCCAUUGGCAGCCCCAGAGUCUUCUGUGCCCAGGCGUAUGAUUAUGUGCUGAUGGUGAGGAUACUGGCUGCCCGUGACCAGGGCUCCCACGCUGAGGUGGAGGUUGUGGUGAAGAAGGUCCUGUACCACAGCAGUCAGAUGAAGAUCCCCCAGGGUCACGUCGUCCUUCACCCAGAGUCCUGGACAACCCGGGGGUGCACCUGCCCCCUCCUCAACCCUGGCUCAAAGUACCUGGUAGCAGGUCACAUGAGUUGGAGGACAGGGAGUCUGUUGGUGAACACCAGGAGCCUGGUCAAACCAUGGAGACCAAGUCUGGGGUCCAAGCUCCUGCACCUCCUCAAUCAACACUGUGGCACCUCCUCCUCCUCUUUAAAGGAGUCUGCAGCGGGGAGACUGCAGAACACACACAGCUCCGGCGCGCCUCUGUACUCCGCAGAGAAAAGACUGGACCUGUGCCACGGCAUGAAGAAAGGGAUGAUACGAGGGAUGGAAAAGUAAAACGGCAUCCAUGUUUUGGCAGACGGGUUGACAAUGGGUGUUUUGGAGGAAGGCUUUGGACAAGACAUAGGGUUGUGGAGACAGCUUGGGCACUACUGUAAACGCCAGGCUCUACGCUGUUCUGUACACUCUAAACACCAACUGUUUCGCCCCGUACCCUCCCUUAUCCCCGGUCCAUAGAGCUGAGACCCCGGGGAGGAAUAACAACCCUCCGGACGGUAGAACGUCGGUUGCUCUGAGCCAAACGGCCCUGUGUGAUUCAGCUGGAAAGAGUGCGGGGCUACCAGAAGGUUGUGGGUUAUUAAACCAGCUUUCCAUGCAGCUUUCAUAAGCCAAAACAUUGUUGGUCGAGUGUAUUGUAAGUUCUUAUAAACAGGGGGGGUUUGAGUCCUGCUUGCUGAUCAGAUAGAAAUACCAACAUUUUACUGUUUUAAAUCUGUAACGGGUUUAUAAUUACAAUAAGACAACCACUCUGGGUUGUGGUUUAUGUCCAGAAUUCCAGGGCUGUAUCCAGGCACUCUGUGUUGUGUCCAUCCUAAGAACAGCCUUUAGCUGUGGUUUCCUGGCAAUAAACCACAAACCCUAGUGCCUUGUAGCCUUUUUAUUCUAUGGCUAGAAGCUUUGCAGAGGCAGACCACAGAAUGUGAGUGAGGGUUUGAUGAAGACUAAUUAAUAAAGGUGAUAUUUUAUGA